ACGCCGCACGUAGUUGUCCAGAAGUUCCGUCUGUCUGUUUUCUGCGAGUCAGAUUCGCAAGUCUUCGAACCUGUCCUGCAGCUCCUUCGCCUCGCCGGAGGAAAUACACGCUGUUUUGAAAGGCAAACAUUUGCGUAAUUACUUCAUGUACUACAUGAGAUAAUCCACUUUGAGGUGGGAAAAAAAAUGUUUUACUCCGCAUUUGAAUGGAGUCUUCACAGUCUGGCGCUGCUUUUCACGGCUGGCUUGUGCUCUGCCAUCAGCUCCAUAGACCCGGACCGACCAGGAGAAGGCAGGUGCCAGGAGAUCUCAAUCCCUCUCUGCAAGGACAUUGGGUAUAACCUGACAGUUAUGCCAAACUUGAUGGGGCAUGAGGAUCAAUUAGAGGCUUCCAUAAAGCUUCACGAGUUCGUGCCGCUGAUCGAGUUCGGCUGCCACAGCCACCUCAAGUUUUUCCUGUGCUCACUCUAUGCCCCCAUGUGCACAGAGCAGGUCUCCACACCGAUCCCAGCCUGCCGAGUGAUGUGCGAGCAGGCAAGGCAGAAGUGUUCCCCCAUUAUGGAGCAGUUUAAUUUUCACUGGCCAGACUCGCUGGACUGCUCCAGGCUGCCUAAUAAGAACGACCCCAACUUCCUCUGCAUGGAGGCCCCCAACAACGGCAGCGACGAUACUUCUUCAAAAGGAUCUCAUACCCAGCCUCCGGACUCACGCCCUCCUCGACAUGGGAACAACCAGGAUCUAACCAUUAAAGAGAGGAUGGGGAAGGACACUUGUGGGAACCCUGGGAAGUUCCACUACGUGCAGAAGAGCGAGUCGUGUGCCCCAAAGUGUUACCCCAAAGUGGAUGUGUACUGGAGCCAGGCAGACAAGCGCUUUUCCCUGGUCUGGAUAGCCAUAUGGUCCAUCCUUUGCUUCAUCUCCAGUGCCUUCACUGUCCUCACCUUCCUCAUUGAUCCACAGCGGUUCAAGUACCCCGAGCGCCCCAUCAUCUUCCUCUCCAUGUCCUACUGCGUCUAUUCCGUAGGCUACCUCAUUCGGCUCUUUGUUGGGGCUGAAAAUGUGGCCUGUGACCGUGACAACGGUGUCCAGUACAUCAUCCAGGAAGGCCUGGAGAGCACAGGUUGCACUAUAGUCUUCCUCAUCCUCUACUACUUUGGCAUGGCUAGCUCCCUCUGGUGGGUGAUUCUGACUCUCACCUGGUUCCUGGCAGCUGGGAAGAAAUGGGGACAUGAGGCUAUUGAAGCCAACAGCAGCUACUUCCACCUGGCUGCGUGGGCUAUCCCAGCCAUAAAGACUAUCCUGAUUCUGGUCAUGAGAAAGGUGGCAGGCGAUGAACUGACAGGCAUCUGUUAUGUAGGCAGCAUGGAUGUCAAGGCUAUGACAGGCUUUGUCCUAAUCCCUCUGUCGUGCUACCUCAUCAUAGGCACCUCAUUUUUGCUCUCUGGCUUUGUUGCUCUCUUUCACAUUCGCAAGGUUAUGAAAACAGAGGGCGAGAACACUGACAAACUGGAGAAGCUGAUGGUGCGGAUCGGGGUGUUCUCCGUCCUCUACACCGUUCCUGCCACCUGUGUCAUUGCUUGCUACUUCUACGAGCGUCUCAACAUGGACUAUUGGAAAGUUCUGGCAGGAGAGCAGCGCUGCAUGGAGGGGGUCAACGGUAGCGGAGAGGAGUGCACCAUGAAGAGCUCCAUCCCGGCUGUUGAGAUAUUCAUGGUGAAGAUCUUUAUGCUGCUGGUGGUGGGCAUUACCAGCGGCAUGUGGAUCUGGACUUCCAAGACUCUGCAGUCCUGGCAGAACGUCUUCAGCCGCAAGCUGAGGAAGAGGGCAAGGAGGAAGGCCGCUUGCGUGUUCACAGGCAGCCGGCCCUACCUGAAACCUCACCCUGCACUGAAAGGACACAAAACGAAGUAUGAACCCGCAGGAUCUCCUGCCACAUGUGUAUGAACACAAAAUCUUACACGCACUACAAAGGAACACACUUAUGUGGGACACUGUUUUGUUUUUUUUCCAACUGAAAAAUACAGGACACAAAGUUCAUGUAUAUUUUAUGCAAGCCUUAGUUCUUUAAAAAAAAAAAAAAACCCUGCAGUGUUCUAAUGACAGAUUGGUUUCAAAUUCUCAUAAUGAUCUGUAUAAAAACAAGCCACCAGCCUUUUAGUCAGUUGCUCUGUACUACUUAUCCACUUAAGGAACUUUGUGGAGUUUUAUUUUUGUUUUCAAAAGCGAUCGAAUCCUGUUUGUGGUUAUGUCACUGGGAAUGGGUGUAUCAUGUGCAAUAGAUGUUUCUCUCAGUGACCGAGAGAAAAAGACUCUUAAUACUGUAGUGGCCCGUUAAAGACUCUAAAAGGAUUCUGCAUACAAUACGUGUGUGAACGAGGUGAAGCGGGAGCUGCUCGGCUGCGUGUUCCUGUGGCUUUUCUAUGGAAAUGGAGGCUGUGUCACACACUGCUACGUUGACAUUGGAGAGCAGCUGUUGGCUGCAGAGAAUGAACCGGCCAUUGUGAAGGCCCUCCGUGCCAUAAAGCAAAUCUACAAGCACUAAAUGUUGUCCUAAAAGACAGAGGCCUUUUUAUGGGGGCAUUUUGUACAGCAGGUUCAUAACCCUUUCGGUUUGUUUUUGUCACACAGAGCUCUUGUUUUUUUUCUUUCUUUCUUUCUUUCUUUCUUUUGUAGCACAACAAAAUCCUUUGUAUAUAUUUCUAAAAGUUCCUAUUUUGUAAGAAUGAAUAAAGACCUUCUAGUUUAUGAUGUUCAGAAACUAGAGUCUCAGA